UCCACCCUCCCGACUCUCAUCCUCGAUGUCUCCAUGAUUUUGACUCUCUUAUUCCUGUUUGCGGUCUGCUCAAUAUGUUCUGCUGAAGAAACUUUCAGCGAACGGCUUAUUCUGUCUCCGAAUCGCGAUGGCACCGUCACCUCAUCUUUCGCUUUCACCACGCUCUUGAGAGAUGCCCAGCCAAGGGAUCCCGCAAAGCUAGCAGAAGAGGACGAAUCACAGCAUUACACGCUGUUCCCUCUCGCUCUAGGCCAGAUUCUGCGGGAUAACGCCAUAACUGAGCUGCACUUGACUUUAAACGCGGGCAAAUGGGACUACCAGAACUGGGGAUACCCUGAAGAAGAAGGGGUUGGUACGGGUGCUGAGCUAUGGGCUUGGAUGGGCGAAGGAGCUAUGCAGACUGCUGACGAACGCUGGAAGAACCUCCGAAAUGCGCUCGCGGGUCUCUUCUGCGCAUCUCUUGGCUCUCUCGAUGAACAGCGCACAACGUCGCCAGUACUGACCUUCCAGCCCGAAGGCGACCUGCCACAGGCAUCCACGUCUCAUGAGCUCAGACACGGUACACUGCCCUCGGAAAACGUCUGCACCGAGAACCUCACACCUUUCCUAAAGCUUCUGCCCUGCAAGGCGCGCUCAGGCAUCGCCACACUGUUGAAUCCGCAUCGCCUUUUUGACGCAGACUGGCACGGCAUGGGCGUGCACGUCCGCUACCUCGAAGGCGCCGGCAUCGAGGUGCGCCUCGCGUUCCAAGCCGUCCUGAACCCGGUCCGAUACUCUGGUGACAAGAAGCGAGAUUGGUCGCUGAGCUCGCUCUUCGAUCGUUCCAUCGAAAGAUCGUGUCCUGUCGCCGGCUCCAGCGACAUUGUGGUGCAGGUGCCUCCCUUCGGUGCCAUUAUCACGGAACCGGCGCCGUCUGCUAACAAUGCUGGAUCUAUCGCGUACGACGUCAGACGGGUCGAUAAACCGCUCGACGUAGGCAUGCGGUGGCCUGACGAAGCCUGGUUCGAGUAUCCUCUCGACGCACCGCCGUCUGCGUUGAUGAUCCGCCGGACGCUCAAGGGCUCCGACCAGUACAAGGGCCGUUUGUCCGUGGUGCUAACCAACAGUGCCAUGGCCGAGGUCAAGACGAGCUAUCUGGAGACGAUGCCGUGGCUGCUGCAGUUCUACCUGCACUCGCUGCGCGUUAUCUGUGAUGGCAUCCCGCGCGAUGACCUCGUCUCCAUUAUCUCGUACACGCCACCAGUGCCCCACGCGCGCCCAAGUCUGUUGCAGGCGCUCCUAACGCUACCAGCGAACAGCACGGUCGAGCUCACGAUGGACGUCGUGAAGCCGUUCUUGCGAUACACGGAGCACCCGCCCGACGCGCACCGGGGAUGGGACCUUCCGCCAGCCGUGUUUGUGCCUCUAGAUGCGAACGCGACAGGCGGGCGGCUGCGGCUGCGGCGGGUGUACACAUCCGUGCUGCUAGUGGACCUCGCAGUGCCGGACUUCAGCAUGCCUUACAACGUGAUCAUCAUGAGCUGCACGCUCAUUGCGCUCAUUUUUGGGAGUGUCUUCAACCUCCUGACGCGCAAGUUUGUCGUCGUGUCACUGGCAAAAGCAAAGCGGGCGGCUGUUGACAAUAAUAACCACGUCAGGCGGGACUGAUAUUCGCAGGUUUUUGUCUAUAAAAUAUACCCACGUCCCGGAAUAUCCUGUACAUCAACGCCCGUGCUUGGCCCCCGAAACAAGUCGGGAAGUUGACACGGUCUAGUGAGUGCUUGCUGAGCAAGUGAUCAACCGCGGACAGGACAGCGUGCCUUGGUACCGUUUGACUAGCGUGAACG